AUGUUUGAUCCAACUCAUUCUGUGUGUGGAAUUCGCAAUUUUGUUGAAUUCUUGGAGCUUUGUUCGGGAUGUAAAGUGAUUGAGUAUUCAUUGAGACCUCUAACAAAUCCUGGUGACAAUUACGGGAGUGUAUUCCAAGCAGUUGAAGUGAAAGUGGUCGCAAAGAGUGAUUUUGAAGAGGCAGAGCUGUUGCAUUUGGUUGCUAAAACCGCUGUAACCAAUCCAUAUUUAGUUGACAUUUUUCAACCAGCUUUAACGUUCGUCAAAGAAACUCAUUUUUAUUUGGACGUCAUACCAGCAAUUGAGCACUUUGAACGCAUUUCGAAUGUUCCAGAAUGUGAUAGGAUCGAUGCAUUUAUUCGAUGUUUUGGCUCGCGAAUUUCAUUAAACCCGGGUUUUGUUUUUCUAAAUGCUAAAUGCGCCGAUGCGGAUGCCGUUGUACUGUUAGAAAAUACAAAACUUCUAAACUACGUCAAUGGAGACCGGCAAGUUGGAUUCAAUGCAGAAGAAACUUUAGCCAUAUUGAAGACGCUGGCGAAGUUUCAUGCGCUUGGUAUCGCAAUUAGACGUCUACAGCCAACGCUGUUUGAUGCACGAGUGAGCCCCAGCCCAUAUUUGGAAGCGGCUAAUUUGAUCUUAAAUGACGAUGACACCCAAAUGGUUGACUUAAAUACACAUUGUUCAGAAGGCAUUCUUCAGUAA